CAUGCCCCGCCGCUGGCCCUGCCCGAGGUGUGCUUCAUCGGCCGAAGCAAUGUGGGGAAAUCCUCCUUAAUCCGGGCCUUGUUCUCGCUGUCUCCAGAAGUGGAGGUCAGAGUGUCAAAAACUCCAGGCCACACCAAGAAGAUUAAUUUCUUCAAAGUCGGGAAGUACUUUACUCUGGUGGAUAUGCCGGGAUACGGCUACCGUGCCCCACAGGACUUUGUGGAGAUGGUGGAGGACUAUCUGCAGGAACGGCACAACUUGAAGAGGACUUUUCUGUUAGUUGAUGGUGUAGUAGGACUCCAGAAAACAGAUCAUACUGCAGUAGAGAUGCUGGAAGAGUUUGGGAUUCCUUACGUGAUGGUGUUAACAAAAAUUGACCGAGCUUCCAGGGGGCUGCUGUUAAAGAACGUGCUGGAGAUCCAGGAGUUUGUAAAGGGGAAGACUCAGGGAUGCUUUCCUCAGCUAUUCCUUGUCAGUUCUCUGGAGUUUUCGGGGGUUCACUUGCUGAGGUGUUUUAUAGUCCAUGUUACUGGAAACCUGCCCGCUGAAGAGGCUGGCUCCUGAUCUGCUCAGCUCAGCCAGAAUAAAAGUAGGUGCAGCGUGACAGCAGCCUGGCUUGCAUGCAUCGAGUUGUCCCUGUUCCUGGUGGAUGAAGGAAAGGACACAUCUUUCAUGGGGUCUGCUUUUUGAUCACUGUUGGCUUGAAACAGAGUGGAAUAAAAGACUGACAUCGAGAGGAACUCUCUCCUUCUGCACUUUAUCAUCAGUCAGUGCUGCAUCUACCUUUUGUUUAAAAUCCAGUGUAAAAUUUUUCAGCUGCACUCGGAUGCAUUGCCAGAGAUGAGACAUGCUGUCCAUUAUCUGCAUCUGUUCUACCCUGGCAGCUGAAGCACAAUACUGACGUCCCAUACUCUUCAGGGGCACUGUAGCAGCUUGCAGAACCGUGUCCCACAGCAGGUGUGUCUGGCUGAGAGUGCCUGAAGCUGUCCAGUUUGUCCCAGAAUGGGACAAAAGGAGUGCCAGCAGCAACUGUUGUACCGAAGAACUUGGACCAAAGCCUGUGUCAAUCUGGCACUGUCUUGCAACAUCUGAAUAUUGCCAGAUGCAGCUGUCAGAGUUACUUACAUUAAGUGUUUAAACCUCAAGAAAGGGUGGUGAUUCUUUUGUAAACCACUCUGAGGGUGA